AUGGCGCAUGCGGCGUCGUCAGCCGCGGCGUCUCCAGCGGCCGCAGCUUCUUUCGGAAGACGCAAUGGGGGUGGUUCGGGGAGGGGGGGCAGCAAAGGGCGUGCCGGCUGGUGCAGGGCUUCAAGCUUGGAGCCCCCAAAGCGCAGCUCGCCCAUCUCCCUCCAGUUCCCUCCGCGGAUUGGACCCCUCUUCUGGCCAUGGGAGAAGGUGAGUGAGAACAUCUCGUCCACCCUAUUCGUUGUUUCUUCGUGUUGAUAUCUCUGUCUCUGCUUAGUUCCAUUUUCUUUGCUGAAGCAUCCCUCAUUGCUCGCUUUGUUUCGGGUGGAGCAUCCUCACGGCGAAGUUCGUGACAGAUUUCUCUUGAGUUUAGAAUGGAAUUCUUGCCUAUUAUAUUCUUCGGUUGCAUCGUCCUUAACUGUGCUGUACGGCGUAGUGUUCUGUGGCUUAUCUUCCAAUUUCCCUGUUCUAGGUUAAAAUUGGAUCGCUCACCGUUUCUCCCAUGGGAUUUGGCACCUGGGCUUGGGGCAACCAGCUACUUUGGGGGUAUCAGGAAGAGAUGGACAGAGAACUGCAAGAGAUAUUCAACUUGGCAGUAAGGAACGGAGUCAAUCUUUUUGACACUGCAGAUUCCUACGGUACUGGACGAUUAAAUGGGCAAAGCGAAAGGCUACUUGGAAAGUUCAUACGCGAAUUCCCAGGUAGGUAAAAUUAAUUUUGGCUUCCGAAGGAAUUAGAUCCGAAAUUUUUUUCUGAAACUGGCUACCUAUGUAGCAAGACAAUUUAACUUUUGCCGAAUCUUACAUCGUUAUGGUUUGUGUUUGACGGAGUUUGAUUCAUAGAUACGCCUGCAUGCUAUAUUUUGACCUGCAUAGAUUGGGAUUUGCCCUUGCCUAUCCCUAAAGUUUAAGUAUUAGAUUUUCUUCCACACUUGAAUUGUUGAAUUAUUCUUUAUUCGCCACAUAAGUUGAUUAUAUUAUAGUCUUUCUUUAUUCCUAGGAUCAAAGGCAGAGAGAGAUAGCAUUGUCAUUGCAACAAAAUUUGCUGCAUAUCCGUGGCGCUUGACAUCUGGACAAUUUGUGAAAGCAUGCAAGUAUGAUUUCGUUAUCCUGUUAUUUCAGUAAAUUCCCGUUCACACUGAAAAAUAAUAAACAUAUUUAAUCAUCUUAGCUAUGGUUGGAGAUUUGCGUACUUACUUCAAUGUUUCAAUGUUUUUUUUCAAUGUUUUUUUCAAUGUUUUUUUUCUGAAAUUCUAUUUAUUAUCCUCCAAAAUACCUGUGAGAAAAUAAUCGGAAGGGAAAUGAGAGUUUGCAGGCAUGCUCUCCCAAAGCUUUCAAUUUCUUGUUAUGGCGAUUAUGUUGACUAUCUGUAUUAUAGUGGAAACAGGUUGUGAAGUUUUUCAAAUCAUUUCGCUGUUAGGUAUGAACUCAUGAGGAAGAUUUAGAGAGAAUCAUUUAGAUUGGAAGUUUGAAAUAAAUCGCUGCUUCUGAGGUUGCAUGCAUAAAAUGUAUUGUAAUUUAUUUUCUCUUAAACUCCUGAUAAAUGGACAAGGCUUCAGAUUCAUGCAAAAAUACUUAUUUAUAACUCUCCAUUAAUUUUUAAAUAUUUCAUAACUAAAAAUUUUCUGCACAAAUUAUAUCAUUUAAAGUCUUCUUACAAGGCGAAACAUUAAGCCCAGUAUGAAAAGAGGAGAAAAAACAUCAUGUUGUCCUCAUGUUAUCACUCAGAACAGUCUGUUCUAGAUUUUAACAUUCUAAACCGAUCAGGCCUUGUCUUUUGGACUAAAUGGUCAGCCAUAUCCUUUAAAAGGUUUCUUGGGCUGUUGCAAGCAGAGGAAGAGAUGAAAAUAAAUCAGGGAAAAAGGUAAAGAAGAAAAAUGACUGGUAGCAGAUAAAGGAAGAAGAAAAGUAAGGAGAGAGCAUCAUAAACGGAAAGAUUAGGGAGGAAAUAAGGAGAGGAGAAGGAAAAUCCUGCUUAUUCUUCCCUUUUCUGUUUUUUCUUCCCUCACAACUAUGGGCACAAAAUAUCUUAACGGAUUUUAUUUUAUUUUCCCUUUCCCAUUUGGGGGAUAUUACACGUGGAGCUUCCUCUUUCACCUUCCCUAAUAGGCAUAUAAAAACUCCUGUGAAUGAGUUUCUCUAGGUUGGACCGCAUCUCCUAAUCUUCUCUAUCUUUUGGUAUUUCUCUACUCUUUUGCUUAUUCUAUUCAGUCAUAUUGUCGGAUGAUCAUGAACUUAACUUGAGAUGCCUCAGUAGCUAUGGUAUUUUAAUUAGUUUUGAAUUCUUUCUGUCAUGUGUAGGUCUUCACUAGAGAGAUUGGAAAUUGAGCAAAUUGGGAUUGGACAGCUGCAUUGGUCGACUGCAAAUUAUGCCCCUCUGCAGGAGUUGGCUCUUUGGGAUGGACUUGUUGCAAUGUAUGAGAAGGUUACUACAUAUCUGCAUUACCCAUAUAAUUAGAAGAGUAAUUUUCUUUUUGUUAACACGUUUAUGUUGUUGAUAUUUCGAACCCAAUGUGCAUAGAAGAAGGAUCUUGAUUUUUUAGUAUAUGCCUGUUUCUGGAGAAAGGGUCUCGAUUUUUAGCGUGAUCAUAACUAUUAAAUUUAGUCACUGAAUAUUAGUUUCAUUGCUGAUGAAUUUACAAAUUUAAAUGGGGCACAAAUUGAUGUGUCUGUGCCUAGGCGAUCUCUGCUUAAAGUUGUUAUUUGGAAGCUUAUUUAGCUAAUUUAUAGAACUAUGUUUAAAUUGUAAGUUGUGAACAAUGAAUAGCUCCGUCUGGUGGAAAAAUUGUGAGAUUUGCGUCAUCUUUUCCGAACCAAGUAUACCAUUGGUCAUCCUUUUAAAAGAGAAUUUUUAUUAUGAAAAAAUAGGGUUUCCUUUCGCUGUCUCCUCGAUAGCAGCAUGCUAGUGACUAAAAUAUCUCACCGGCAUCAUAAUUGUGCAGAACUCUAAUUAUGAAUUCCCUAAAAUAUAAGGAAAUCAAACUACUUCAUUGGACAAACUAUUGCCUCCUGGCACAUCUUAUCCUGGACAAGCUCACAUGACUCAUGAACUUCCCUCCCUUGCUAUGGCAGCGCCAAUAGUGAGCUAGCCAGUAAGAUCCCGGUUCUGACAAUGUUUGCCUUUACUGAAGCUUUUUACCAUUGUCUGGCAACCACACUUUUUCCUCGUUUUGCUGGCCCUGGAUCUUUAAACCUGGCUUUAACAUCUCACCUAAAUGAUUGCUGAUGUAAGCGUUCAUGACUUAAAUUUACUUGAAUACUCUCUUCUUCCUAAGAGACUGGCAGAUUGAUUGAACUAAUGAAACAUCACAAGGUAGAAUCAAAGGCAGUUAGUGAAUAUGGAUAUUUAUGUUCCUUCCUUUCCUUUAUGACUGCAAUAACUGUGAUGAAACAUCACAAGGUAGAAUCAAAGGCAGUCAGUGAGUAUGGAUAUUUAUGUUCCUUUCUUUUUUUGAUGACUGCAAUAACUGUGAUGUGAUUUUAGGGUUUAGUCCGUGCCGUUGGUGUCAGCAACUAUGGUGCAAACCAGCUUGUUAAGAUCUACGGUUACCUGAAAUCUCGUGGGGUUCCGCUGUGCUCAGCCCAGGUAAUCGAUUGAACUAGCCACUCAAGGAUGAUAAUCUGGAUUCCCUUAACAACACAGUGUAUACUUUCUGCCGAUACCCUUUUAUCUAAUCAUAGAGUUUUCUUCUGCAGGUUCAGUUUUCUUUGCUAAGCAUGGGCAAGGAUCAACUGGAGUUGAAGGCUGUAUGUGACUCCCUGGGUAUCCGUUUGAUCUCAUACAGUCCUCUUGGACUUGGGAUGCUUAGUGGAAAGUAUACAGCUUCGAAGCUUCCCCCUGGCCCACGGUAAUGGAAAGAUUAUUAACGGCUACUUAGCUCGCUCAAAUCAUCUGUUAUUGAUUGGCUAUUACCACUCGACAGGGCCUUGCUUUUCCGACAGAUUCUCCCCGGUUUGGAUCCAUUGCUGAGUUCAUUGAGAAGAGUUGCAGACAGAAGAAGAAAAACGGUGUCUCAGGUAUGUGCUUUAAACCCACAAUUAGUUCAUGAUGUGUUAAUCCUUAAUCGGAUUGGCUAUCGAUUUGAUUUAAAAAUCUUUCGAGCUUACCUAUUCAAGAGGAUAAAUUCAUGUUUUCCAUCCUCUUCCCUGCUUAUUCUGUUCUCCUUCCUCUGCAGGUAGCAAUAAACUGGUGUAUCUGCAAAGGCACGGUCCCCAUUCCCGGGGUGAAGACAGUUCGUCAGGCAGAGGAGAACUUGGGAGCUCUGGGUUGGCGCCUGACUCCCGACGAGAUACUCGAGCUGGAGUCAGCAGCAGAUGACUCUCCAAGACAGAUGAUCCAGAACAUCUUCCAGACUAGGUGA